AUGACGAACCUCAUGCAGAAACUACGAAGGAAGCGAAAGCUAUCAUCCGAAUUGCACUCACGAUGGGGCGACAUAUCCAUCACCUAUCCCAACGGCGGCUCUUGGAACCAGUGGGAUCAAGCGAGUACGGGCGCCCGCACAUCUGAUGGAGACCGCGAACGGCGACAGAACUCACUCGAGCCUGGUAGAUGCGCCAGUUCGCCUCGCAUAGGAGUUUCUGGACCACCAGCCAGCAGAGAUGAGCGAGCACAAUCCGUUGAUUCAGCCAUGACCAUUCCUACGGGACAUUACGAUGCGCGAGAGACAGAAGGGGCAACCGUACCAUCACCGCACAAUGGAUCGAACGGGCGACAUCAGCCCUCCUCCGGUCGGCCUAGUAUGUACGAUGAUUCUGAGCUCUACUCGCGAGCGUCCAAGUCGCCCCCAUUGUCUGUCACGUCGCGUAUGCGCGGAUGUAGUGUCCAGGGGUAUUUGGCAGAGUCUCCAGUGUCGAUGCCAGGGACGGUCGGGUCGAGACAUAACAGCUAUACUUCCUCAGUUCCCUCAAAUCCGUCCGAGGACCAGCGAAUUCCGGGCAUUAUCCCACCAUCUUCUACGCUGGCAGAGCGGAGGGCUAGCCGACGAUCUAAGCAGGAGCUUCCACGAGCACAGGAGAUGGUCCCAUCUUACGAUGAACUGUACGGGUAA